GGAAAUGCAGUAACUUCGUGGCAACCCCCUACUUCCCUUCUCUGUGCACUCUUCUCCCACUCCCCUCUUACCCCUUUCCGCCCAACUCCCCAUUACUCAACGCUGAGCUCCGAUCCGAGCAGGGGUGGUGGAGGGAGAGCGUGGCAUGUCGACCAGCUGAGUGGUGGAGUGCACAUGUCGUGGCCAUGUUAGAAGAGAAUUGA